UUCUAAAUUAAUAUAUUUUAUAUUAUAAGGUCCUAGAACCAAAUGAGAUGCACAAAUAUGGUAUAUCUACACCGCAUACUUCGCAUUGUUUGCCAAGCGGCGAGAUAAUGAUUUCCACCAUGGGAAAUCUCAACGGCGACGGAUUAGGAGAUUUUUUUUGCAUCAAUGCAAACACCUUGGAAGUGAAAGGUACGUGGUCAAAAGACCAUGAUAAAGCAGCUUUUGGUUACGAUUUUUGGUAUCAACCAUAUCACGAUACACUUAUCGCUACUGAAUGGGGUGCACCUAAAGUUUUUAAAAAAGGAUUUAUGCCAAAGGAUGUUAAUAAUCCCAAAAUUUAUGGCAGAAGCUUGAACGUUUACUCUUGGAACGAGCGCAAACUUAAACAAGUUAUUAACCUGAGAAACGACGGAAUUGCUCCUCUCGAGAUCAGAUUUCUUCACAAUCCUUUAGCAGCUGAAGGAUUUGUAGGUUGUGCAGUAACAUCAAAUAUUUAUCGAUUUUACAAAGCGGAAGAUGACUUAUGGAAAGCUGAGAAAGUGAUUCAAAUACUACCAAAAAAAGUCGAAGGAUGGAUUACGCCUAUGAUGUCAGAAUAUCCCGUUUUCCAUGUGGGAUGUCUUCUGGAUGUUCAGAGGAUGUCCAUGUGCUAUCUGAGCAGCAUGAUUACCGAUAUUCUGUUGAGCCUAGACGACAAAUAUUUAUAUCUGUCUAACUGGUUACAUGGUGACGUUAGACAGUAUGACAUCUCGAACACAAGAAAUCCUAAAUUAACGAGUCAGAUUUUCUUAGGUGGAUCGAUAUUGAGCGACUCGCACGUGCGUGUUAUUCAAGAUGAAGAGUUAACUAGUCAACCCAGCCCUGUCUAUGUGAAGGGGCGUAGAUUGUAUGGCGCGCCGCAAAUGUUACAGCUAAGUUUAGACGGACACCGUUUGUAUGUAACUACAUCAAUCUUCAAGCCAUGGGAUAAACAGUUCUAUCCCGAACUUCUUCAAUAUGGAUCGACAAUGGUAAAGCUCGAUAUUGAUGUUGAAAAAGGCGGCAUGAAGCUUGAUCAUCAAUUUCUUGUUGAUUUUGGCAUCGAUAAAAAUGACAUACUGCUGGCGCACGAAAUGAGAUAUCCUGGUGGAGAUUGUACCUCUGACAUAUGGAUGCCUGAAAAACAAUAAAUUUUCUAAUUGGACAAAAGGUCCUCACAUUAAAGAUAUAUUGUCAUUUACAAUCAGAAUUAAUAACACAGGAACAUAUUUUAUAAUGUCGCAAUUUGUACGAAUUUUUAUUACAAUUUCGUAAUCACGUACUUAAGAAACGUAUUUACUUUUUAUUAGAACAAAAAACAAUUUUAUGAAGAUACAUAGAUAUAAUAGGUAAAUUAGUAGAAACUACUUUCAUAUUUUUGUUUGCUUUCGUAGUUUAUCUUAUUAAUUUCAGCAUUGUUGACACACAAGUAUAUAGUAGAGGAUCAACUUAGAGAUUUUAUAUUUCUAUAAAUUACAUGAUAUGACGUAGCAUGUAAUUUUUUUUCCAAUCUUACACAAAUAAA